AGGCUCCCAACCGCAAUGGCCAGAACCAAGCAGACCGCUCGUAAGUCCACCGGUGGCAAAGCCCCGAGGAAGCAGCUCGCUACCAAGGCUGCCCGUAAGAGCGCCCCGGCCACCGGCGGCGUGAAGAAGCCCCAUCGUUACAGGCCUGGGACCGUGGCCCUGAGAGAGAUCCGUAGGUACCAGAAGUCUACCGAGCUGCUGAUCCGCAAACUGCCCUUCCAGCGCCUGGUGAGGGAGAUCGCUCAGGACUUCAAGACCGACCUGCGCUUCCAGAGCUCCGCCGUCAUGGCUCUUCAGGAGGCCAGCGAGGCUUACCUGGUCGGCCUGUUCGAGGACACCAACCUGUGCGCCAUCCACGCCAAGAGGGUCACCAUCAUGCCAAAAGACAUCCAGCUGGCACGCCGUAUUCGCGGAGAACGGUCUGUAAGGGAGCUCCGCCCUUCGACUCUCUCGAGUCCUCUGCGAGCCUUUAUAAACACGGACGUUAACUUACAGCUUCAUUCUGCAUCUACAAACAGCUUAGUCAUGUCUGGUCGAGGAAAAGGAGGAAAAGGACUCGGAAAAGGAGGCGCCAAGCGUCACCGUAAAGUUCUUCGUGAUAACAUCCAGGGCAUCACCAAGCCCGCUAUCCGCCGUCUUGCCCGUCGUGGCGGUGUGAAGCGUAUCUCCGGUCUGAUCUACGAGGAGACCCGCGGUGUCCUCAAGGUGUUCCUGGAGAACGUGAUCCGUGAUGCCGUCACCUACACCGAGCACGCCAAGAGGAAGACCGUCACCGCGAUGGAUGUUGUCUACGCUCUGAAGAGGCAGGGACGCACCCUGUACGGCUUCGGCGGUUAAACCAUCUUCUCCCACCCUCAACCCAAAGGCUCUUUUAAGAGCCACACAA